AUGGCCUUUCUCGAACCGCGCAAGGUGUAUCACCGGACACAGACAGAUGACUUUGACGUUAAGCCGCCCGACACAAGCGUCGAGCUGUCGCCUUUGCGCUCCUUGUCCAGUUUUCAGAGCGGCUUCACUCGCAGUUUUCGGGAUCAAUCACCGCUCCUCAAUUCCGAUGCAGAUCCUAUCCGGGCCGAACAACCAUUCUUCUCAAAGAAGUCACUUCGUUCAGUCAAGGCCCCUCUCGUCGUCUGGCCGACAAGUCUGUAUGGAUGGCGCACCGGCGCCUUAACCGCCGCGCUACUUGCGGCAAUGUCCCUGCUUGUCAACCUCGCCACAGUCAUCUGGCUGGGCGCUCACGGCCAAGGGGGCAGUCUUGUAGAACUUUACAAUGGCGAUUGUGGCAAAGUUCAGACCAUGGACAUCUGGGUUCAUCUGGCAAUCAACGUGCUGAGCACCUUGCUGCUGGGCGGCUCAAAUUACUGCAUGCAGUGUCUUUCAGCGCCGACACGAGCAGAUGUGGAUCGAGCACAUGCGGAAGCCAUCUUCCUCGACAUUGGUGUUCCCAGCAUUCGCAACUUGCUCAGGAUUCCGCGCUACAAAAUGCUCCUCUGGUGGGCGCUGGGUCUUUCCUCGAUACCGCUCCAUCUGAUGUACAACUCCGCUUUCUAUAAAUCCCUCUCGACCAGCGACUACAACUUGCUCUUUGUCACGCAGGACUUCGUGGAUGGUGAAGCAUUCGGAACAUUGAACUUGACGGUCUACAACCCGAACAACGCCUAUGCAAUCGAUCCGCACGAAGUUCAGAGCUCCCUCCUUGACAACCCAGAUUCCUGGGAAAGGCUCGACAAGAUAGCCUGCAUAAACGCGUACGCGACUAAUUUCUUGGACAACCGGCGCACCUUGGUGCUUGUCGUCAGUAAUUCCACCGGACAGACAAACGACAGUGUCCUAGAUACGGAGCUAUACCUGUUCAAUCCGACCCGGGCUUUUGACUGGAUCUGCACCGCCGACCCCUAUAUGCGAUAUAAAAAUCCCUCGCUUAGCAAAUCGAUCGACUGGAUGUUGCCCUGCGAAUCGUACGUUGACGGAGUCCUCGCCAUCGCGGACCAGUGGCAGCCGUGGGGCUACGACGUGCAAUACUCUAUGUCCCAGCGAGUCCCUGAGACGUGCAGCUAUAGUGGAAACAUCUCCAUCGUGGCGGUUGUGCUUGCCUGCAACGUCGUCAAGGUCGUGGUGAUGCUUUUCGUGGCGGUGCGGUUGAAAGACAAUCCUCUCAUCACCGUGGGCGAUGCAGUCGAGAGCUUCCUCAACGAAAACGACAGGACGACGGAAGGCUUAUGCCUGCUCAGCAAGAAAGGUGUCAUGCGUGCCACGCGCUCACGAAAGCCCUGGUCCACUCAUGGGGCCGCAAAGUACGGCGACGCUGCAAGAGGGAAACUUGCCUGUCGACAGACAAAACGUUGGGCCGCGGCCGCCAGUGGGAUGCGAUGGGGCCUCACCAUGGGGUUCUUUCUACUGGCCCUGGCUGUGUGCUCCUUCCUCCUCCCUGUUGCAGUUCGAGCAAUUGAAUCGUACGGGUUCGACAUCCAAACGAUCGGCUUCGGAAAGGUCACUCCCGCGGCGAUCAUUUCGGGCUGGGAUGUCGGCAAGAAUGGAGCGGCAGGGCCCAAGAUCCUAGGCUCGAUCCUGAUCGCCAAUUUGCCGCAGACCAUUCUGAGUUUUCUCUAUCUGCAUUUGAACGGGCUGUUGACGAGUAUGUGGCUGGCCAGCGAGUGGAGUGACUUUGCAACGCAACGGAAGACUUUACGAGUGAGCAAGCCGAAGGGGAGUCAGCGCAGUACGCAUUUCCUGCAAUUGCCCUACAAGAUUGCCAUUCCAUUGAUGGUCCUCUCUGGGUUGCUGCAUUGGUUGAUCUCGCAGAGCAUCUUCCUCGCGGUCGUCGCGGAGUAUGGCCCAACGGGUCAACUCCUCAGUGCUGUUUCAAUUGCGUCCUGUGGGUUUUCUCCGCUGGCAAUGAUACUGGUCAUUGUCUGUGGAGGGUUUAUCGUUGUUGCCACCUUUGGGCUGGGCUGGUUUAGGAGGUACGAUGCGGGGAUGCCGCUUGUAGGCAGUUGUAGCAUGGCGAUUGCCGCAGCGUGUCAUCAGCCGGACUGGGACACGGACGCAAGCCUCAAGCCUGUACAGUGGGGGGUAAUUCCUGGUGUUGUGGACGAGAAAGGGGUCGGCCAUUGCGCAUUUACUAGUGGCGAGGUUGAACCUCUGGUGGAGGGCAAGGAGUAUGCUGGCAUCAGCGACGGCCAGCCAUGA